UGAUCAAACAAGUGCUUAGUUACGACGUUAUCAUUUAAUUUAUAGCAGACUUCGUCACUGCUCAAAAAAUAUUUUACAUAAAGUAUAAAUGCACAUACGAAACGUUUCAAUCAGUUAGUUUCCUUGUGGUUUCCAUGGUUGACAUCAUUGUAUCUUGUUAUUGGUCUGGUUUAAUUAGAAAACAAAAUGAUUUUAUUACAAAUCAUUCCAACACUGAUAUCACUUCACGUGGCACGUGCAAAUAUAGUGCAAGUAGUGGAAUCUAAACUAAAUGCAGAAACGGCGAAAAGUAGUCUCGUCAACUUCACUGAACUAUUUGGCUACUCCCCACGUACAAACCUCAACUUUACCGAACUCGUAAAGUACGACGGCUACCUAAGCGAAUCGCACUAUGUAACAACAAGCGAUGGGUAUAUUUUAGCUCUCUACAGAAUACCCCUCAAAGAUUCAUGCCCACAAAACAGUAGCAAACUUCCCAUUCUCUUCACUCAUGGACUUUACUUGAGCGGAGAUGACUGCAUUAUCCCAGGACCAGGGAAAGCCCAUUGCUACAUCUAUGCCGAUAACUGUUACGACGUUUGGGUUCCCAACAACCGCGGGAACCGCUACAGCAGAAAUCACACAACUCUCAACCCGGAUAAAGAUGCAGUGUUCUGGAAUUUCGCAUGGGACGACAUGGCUACUAAAGAUUUGCCAGCUAUUAUAGACUAUAUUCUAGACAUUACGGGGAAAGAACAGUUGUCGUUUAUAGGUCACAGCCAAGGAGUAUCCAAUUUGAUUCUACUUUGCGCUGAGCAACCGAAAUAUAAUACUAAAAUUAAUGUAGGAUUUGGAUUGUCAACAACUGCCUGGUUGGAUCAUUCGCGAUUCAUAGGCAUCUUCCUAGAGGCAGUACUGUCCGUCUUUGCAGAUGAAUUCAAUAAUGCAACGAAUAUAGAAAUUCUGGCAAAUGGUGGGCUUUUCCAAACCGCUGGUAAUUUCUUAUGUGGAUUCAGCGACGUCGAAUACCCCUUUUGCACCUUCCUUCUGUUUUCGGUGUUGGGUUUCAAUAAAUUCAAUAUCAAGCCUGAUGUUUUAAAAGUUCUCCCAGGACACGUUCCAGCUGGUACAUCUUUGAAAGAUUUCAUCCGUUGGGGACAGAUCAGGAAAAAUGGAUUCACUAAAUAUGACUACGGGAUAAAAGGGAACCUAGUAAAAUAUGGUGAAAAGAUUCCUCCAGAAUUCGAUUUGAGUGCAGUGUCGAUGAAAUGGGUAUUCCUGGCUAGUUUGAACGAUUUUGUUGGUGAUCCAAGAGAUCAGAAGAAGUUGGUGAAUGUGCUUUCAAAUGCUGAAAUGUGCAUUCUUGAAGACAAGCUCUUCGGUCAUCUGGACUUCCUAUACGCCGAUAGCAUUCCUGAAUUGAUUACCCCCAAAAUACUGUCUUAUUUUGAGACUGGCUCUUAUAAAUGUGGUACCGAUCUAGCUAGUACUAUAUGAGUCAUUAAAAUAAAUUGCAAUUUUAA